AUGAUUGGUAUCUUAAGAUUUGCUGAAAACAAAAUUAUUAUUACAUCCUUAUAUUACUCUAAACACUUACAAAAAUAUAUAACUCCUUCUUAAUUAUUUUUUGUCUAUCCCAUUCAAACAAUAUAAGCAGUGCAUAUUAUGCUAAAUCAUAUUCUUAAUCGGAAUAUCUGCAUUACAUCAAGUUAAUGAUAUUUUUUUUACAGGCAUGAAUUUUUCAUAACUUAGAGUGUCCAUGGAAAUGUUUGUAUGGAACGCUAGGAAGAUACGUUGUUGAGUUCAUAGUAUAAGUGUGAAGAAUACAAACGGGUCAAGUAUCACAACUACACGAGUUCUGUUCUCACAUACACAACAGCAAAUGUCAUCUAUAGAUGAUGAGGGUAUACGUUUGCAGAAUGAGUAGUAUGCGUGAAGCAUUUCGUUAGAAAGCUUCGGUGUGUGCAGUCAUGAUGUUCGAUAGCUGAAAAGAAUUAGGUGUCUAUUUAUGUGUAAAAUUUGUUUGUGAAUUCCAGUGUAUUAAAAACAUUACUCUGAUAUGUCCUUAAACAACGUUUAUGUCUGUAAACUGUAAACUGUAAUCGAACUAUCGCGUAAGGAACAGGUGUUGGUUGUACAAGGUAAAGUAAAAUAAAGCGACGCCAUCUUUAACAUAGAAAGCCGGAGUAUGCGUUUAACACGGAAUAAAGGAGCCAACGAAUUGGCACUUGAAACAAAUCUAGAGGAUGAGCUUAUGAAAAACGCAAAGCAAAAAAUUUGAAAAUAAGGUUUUAAAUGCAUUUGAACUACUUUGCCGAUAUUCGUAAAUAAUAGCGGCUGAUGUUUGAUUAAGUUUAAAAAAUCAGGGAAGUUUACGGAUAUGUAAUUCGAGGCGCAAUGUAAUUUGUAAACGUGUUGCAAGAAAAUAUAUAUCAAGUAAGCUAAAGAAUCCGAGUUGUAGCUUAGUAUGUAUGCUGUUUGGUGGAUUUGUUUGUGGAAAAGAUAGUGUUGGAAUAAAACGAUUUUCUUGAAUGCAGGAUCUUCAAGGAAAACAUACUCUGGUCUAAAUAAGUUGGCAUUUCGUAGUUUCAACGAGUGGUAUACAUCCAACGAAACAACCGACAGGAACUGUGAAUUGAACUAUCUCUACCACAAUUAUCAUCUCAAUGGAAGAUCCGAAUCGAAUGAUGGGAGGCCACGGUGGCUUAAUGCCACCAAAUUAUGGCAUGCCGACCAACGAUGGUCAAGCAGGAGUGGACAACGAUCCUAGGAAACAAGAUAUUGGCGAAAUUUUGCAGCAAAUCAUGAACAUUACUGACCAAUCCCUGGAUGAGGCUCAAGCUCGCAAGCACACACUUAACUGCCACAGGAUGAAACCAGUUUUGUUUGCUGUGUUGUGCGAAAUCAAGGAAAAAACAGUUCUAUCGCUGCGAAACACCCAAGAAGAAGAACCUCCAGAUCCGCAGUUGAUGCGAUUGGACAACAUGUUGAUUGCGGAAGGAGUCGCUGGUCCAGAAAAAGGCGGUGGUGCAGGUGCGGAUAGUGCCGCGGCAGCAAUGGCCGCUGCCAACGAUUUUUUGUCACAAUCUGAUCUAACUGGUGGACAAGACAAUGCGAUCGAGCAUUCAGACUAUCGUGCAAAAUUAGCCCAAAUUCGCCAGAUUUAUCACCAGGAGCUUGAAAAAUAUGAACAAGCUUGUAGCGAGUUUACCACGCAUGUAAUGAACUUACUAAGAGAGCAAAGCCGUACAAGGCCCAUUACUCCGAAAGAAAUUGAACGUAUGGUACAAAUCAUUCAUCGCAAAUUCAGCUCCAUCCAAAUGCAGCUCAAACAAUCCACCUGUGAAGCCGUUAUGAUCUUGCGCUCACGAUUCUUAGACGCACGAAGAAAGAGGCGUAAUUUCAGUAAGCAGGCUUCUGAAAUUCUAAACGAAUACUUCUAUAGCCACCUAAGUAACCCUUAUCCGUCAGAAGAGGCCAAGGAAGAACUAGCAAGAAAAUGUGGCAUUACGGUUUCACAAGUUUCAAAUUGGUUUGGAAAUAAGCGCAUUCGUUACAAAAAGAACAUUGGGAAAGCUCAGGAGGAAGCAAAUCUGUACGCUGCCAAAAAGGCAGCAGGCGCAUCCCCGUACUCUAUGGGAGGACCUCCUAGCGGCGCCGCUACUCCAAUGAUGUCUCCCGCCCCUGCGCAAGACUCAAUGGGUUAUUCAUUGGGAUCUGGUGGUUAUGAUCAGCAGCAGCCCUACGAUGGUAGUAUGGGAUACGAUCAAUUACACCAGGAUUUAAGUCCGUAAAUUGAUAAAGAGGAUUAGUCGGGUAUACAAAAAUCAAUACUUCCGAACGCUACCGGUGCUGUUCAUGGCAACAAUAUCAGGAUUUUGUGUUUAAAAUUUCGUAUUUGUUAUUUUUAACAUUUUUACUACAAACAUUUUGCAAAAAACAGCCACCGAUACCGAUACACACUAGAAAUGAACAUGGAAUAGCUCUUGAAGCGUGCAAAAUAUGAAGUGUAUCUUUAGUUUUACUUUCUACCUUAAAGUACAUCACACAUCAAGAUGAGAACACAAGUAUACGGAUAAAUGGCAUUAAACUAACUUUGAAAAUAAGUCAAAUAAAGUGUGUUUUGCCGAAAUGAUUGGUUCCCGCCUAACAAUACAAAUAUUUAAAACGAAAAAACAUUGAAUUCAUUUUACAAGGAACAAACGUAUCCAACCUGCAUUCAACGAUGUUAAUUAAUACGAUUUAGGACAGAUAUCAGGAGUAGUAACGAUGGCGCAAAGCAACUGAUAUGAUUCCUACUGAAAUUGAAAUGGAAAAAGUCUCAUGUAAUACGUCACACUCAUGACAUGUAACUAAUCAUGAAGACAUGUAAUGAGUAGUAGAAUUUGAAAAUAUUUGUUUCUUCGUAACCCAUCCCUUGGCUUUGGUGAAGAAUGGUAUUUUAAUUUCACGAAUUACUAUAUAACGAAUUCAUACUAUUGACAUUAUGAAUUGGAAUUCAAUAUAUGUCACAUUAUGUGCUCUAUGUUUUUGUUUUUGCAAGAUGGAUUGAAAUGCUUUUCGCAUGUUUUAUAACAAGCUGCAAGGUUGAAAUAAAAAUAGAUGGAUUCUACAGUGUACGCUUUACCCGAUGUAACCAACUGAUUCAGAAUUCAUGUAUUAUAUAAUUUUACCGGAUCAAUAAUAUGUGUUAUUUAUGAUGUUACUAUUAUAAUCUCAUAACCUUUUUUUUUAAAUACACUGGAUGAUUAAAUGCAUUAGCAUAAUUUACAUCAAAAGCCCUGCUGCAUACACAGCAAUCAAAAUAUUUAAAAUCUUCGAGAUCACCACUAUCACCUGGCAAUAAACCACAAAAUACUUUUUAAAUUUA